GUGUUAAAGUAGUUUCUCUUUAAAUUGUAAAUUUAUGCUUAAAAUUUUUGUUUAAAUUUAAGAAUGUUUAUAAAUAAAUUAGAACUAGCUCUUAACUAAAAAAAGAUUUUUAGAGAUACAUUUGGAUUACCGUUUAAAAAAAAUUGUUCAGCAUUGGACUGUAUUUUCAAAGUUUAAUGGAUCUCAGCGAAGAAAAAUUAUAUCUUACGCCCUUCCCUUUUUCUCCCCUUUUCCCAAUGCUUAUAAUGUCUUUGGCAACGCAAAAGCAAGCUCCGAUAACGAAGUCUUCAUUCAGAUCGGAAUAUGAUUACAUUAUUGUGCUGUGAUUGAUAUUGAUGUCAUAACAAAAGUCGGAGAUGCACAGGCCUAGAGUUGGAGGAGGUGCUGCAGGGUCCGUAUUAGCAAAUCGUUUAUCGGAGAUUCCAUGUGUAAAUAUUCUUCUGUUAGAAGCUGGUAAAACAGCUCCAAGAAUCACAGAUAUUCCAAGUGCUGCAGCAAGUUUUAUUCAAAGCGAUAUUGACUGGAGAUACCGUACUACACCACAGAGACAUACUGGAUCGGCUCUUGUAAACAGGAGAGUGACUCUGCCAACUGGUAAGGUCCUCGGUGGCGGCAGCGCCAUCAAUGCCUUGGUAAUGAAUCGCGGAAAUCGUCGGAAUUAUGACGAAUGGGCGUCACUAGGUGCAACAGGAUGGAGUUUCAACGAAGUAUUCCAUUAUUUCUUGAAACUGGAAGAUAAUCAGGAUCCACAAUUUGCUUCCAAUGGAUGGCAUGGUAUCCAUGGACCUGUUACUGUAAACAGACAAGAUUACCAGCCAGAAGCAAAAGUUGCUAUAACUGAAUCUGCUUUGAGCUUGGGUUACAAAUUUGUAGAUGUUAAUGGGCCAACACAACAUGGAUUUUAUGAUUUUUUAACAAUCUUGCGAAAUGGACAAAGAUGCAGCACUGCAAAAGCAUAUCUUGCGCCAAGUGAGAACAGAACUAACUUGGAUAUAGUAGCAAGGGCUAUGGUAACAAAGAUUCUGCUUGAAAACAAACGAGCAAUUGGUGUAGAGGUUGACUUUGGAGGAUUGAGACAUCGGGUAACUGCUAACAGAGAAGUUAUUCUUUCUGCAGGUGCUAUCAAUACCCCUCAGUUAUUAAUGCUUUCAGGUAUAGGCCCUAUGAAUGAACUUGACAGGCUUCAGAUCCCGCUAGUUGCUGAUUUACCAGUUGGCAAGAAUUUGCAAGAGCAUCCAGCAGGAUUCACAGCAUUCGAGUUAAGUGAAUCCAUAAUGCCAGUUCACAAGAGACUGUUUGAAGAUGAAAAUAUUUCAUUGUAUAUCAGAGAAAGAAGAGGUCCGUUGACUUAUUCGUCAGGAAUUUCUUUAUUGGCUUUCCUAAGCAACAAUAGCACGGGUGAAUUUAACGAUGUGACAGAUCAUGAGUUAUAUUUCAUGGAGUUACCGGCUAUUUAUGCGAAACUGCGAGUAGGAUUAUCUCCUGAGGCAUAUCAACGAGUGUUUGGACCAUAUGAAAAAAAGCCAAUUUUGGUCUGCAUGUCACAGAUACUCCACCCGAAGAGCCGCGGCACGGUUCGCCUUCGUACAGCUAACCCAUAUGACUUCCCAGACAUUGAUCCAAAUUACCUGGAUGAUCCUCAAGACUUAAAAGAUAUAGUAGAAGGUUUAAAGACUUGCAUCAAAAUCCUAACAGCUCCUCCUAUGGCAAAAGUAGGAGCUAAAAUAUUCACUACAGCUUUUCCUGGGUGUGAGCGGUUCAUUGAUGAUAUAGAAUUAUUCCUUCGGUGCAACGUCAGAGCAGCGAUUAUGUCCCUCAGUCAUCCUGUUGGGACAGCCAAAAUGGGACAACCUAGUGACCCGACGACAGUUGUGGAUCCCGAACUUAGGGUGAAGUCAAUUAGUAGUUUAAGAGUCAUCGAUGCAUCUGUGAUGCCAACAAUCAUCUGGGGAAAUACUAACAUCCCAACAAUUAUGAUUGCAGAAAAGGCUUCGGAUAUGAUCAAAGGUUCCAUCACGUGCGGACACCAACAUAGAUGAUAAGAUACUUAUAAUGUGAUGAAUAUUAAUUCAUGAGCUAUCUCAAAGAUGUAGAUUUGUUUAAACCCUGAUGCAUACACAGUGCAUCAAAGAAUUUUUAAGAUUUGUUUUGUAAAAUGGAAUAGAAACAAGUAAUUUUUUUUUGUUCUGGUUAUUUUGUUCAUACCAAUCCUGUCAGGCUUCAAUAAUCUUGUUACAGAAAUUUAAUAUUAUCCAAAUAUCUGCUCCUCUUCACUUUUUGAAAUUGCCUCAGAAUACCCGUCAAAGUUGUUAUCCAACUGGAAUAUCAUCAUAGUGAUACUUUUUAAAAAUUUUUGAGAAUAAAGAGAAAUCGGAAGGAGCUAAAUCAGUCGCAUAUGGAAGAUGAUUUGAUAAAAAAAAAUAUCAAGAGUCUAUAGAUAGUGAAAUGAAUUGUCAUAAGGUGUAUUAUCAUAAAAAACGCCAAAUUAUUUUCAUUUCGAUAUUCUAGUUUAAUCUUAGAAAAAUUGAGCCAUCGAAGCUUCAAAACAUUUAAAUUAGUACUCAGCUGUCCAAAUGGAACAUAUUUUUUAUAGAUACUACAAGCGAAAAAUGUAAUGAAUAUUGCUUUCAUUUUAGAUGGAACUAAAUUAAC